AAGAGCAAAAGGAAGCCAUUCGCUUUCCCGAUGGCUUUGUGGUACUGGCAGUGAUGUUGAAAAUUGUUCAGAUUUCAUGAAAUAGAAUAAAAAAAAAGUGCAGAUACAUUCAAGAUGCAAUGUGAGGAUACUGCGAGACGUGAUAAGUUGCCCAUCGUCUACUCCAAGCAUUAUUCCGUGCGCUUUGCUGGUCUUGAAAAGCUUCAUCCUUUCGAUGCAGCCAAAGGAAAGCAUAUACAACAGUUGCUAUGUGCUGAACUGUCACUUGAAUGCGGUGAUUUCUACGACCCACUUGAGAUUACCAAAACAGAAUUGCUGCGGGUACACACUUCCAAGUAUUUAAAGUCCCUCAAAUGGAGUGCCAAAGUAGCUUGUAUCGCGGAAGUUCCGGCCUUGAUGUUUUUGCCAAAUUUUACUGUGCAAAGUGGAUAUCUGCGUCCAAUGCGUUACCAAACGGCUGGCUCAAUACUGGCUGGUAAAUUAGCCCUGGAAUAUGGUUGGGCAAUCAACUUGGGCGGUGGAUUCCAUCAUUGCUGCUCGUACAAGGGCGGUGGCUUUUGUCCUUAUGCAGAUAUUACUUUGCUCCUUGUACGCUUGUUUGAGUUGGAGUCAUCCAGAGUACAGAAUGCAAUGAUUGUUGACUUGGAUGCCCACCAGGGAAAUGGCCAUGAGCGGGACUUUAAGAAUAUAGAGGCUGUCUACAUACUAGAUAUGUACAAUGCGUUUGUUUAUCCAAAGGAUCACGAAGCCAAGCUCAGCAUUCGUUGCGGUGUAGAGUUAAAGCAUUUGACAGAAGAUGCUUACUACUUAAGGCAAUUGAAACGAUGCCUGAUGCAAGCACUCGCCGAAUUUAAGCCAGAUGUUGUUAUAUACAAUGCCGGCACCGAUAUCCUCAAAGGUGAUCCGUUGGGUAAUUUAGCCAUUAGCGCGGACGGCGUUAUUGAACGUGAUCGCUUGGUGUUUAGUACGUUUCGAGCGCUGGGUAUACCAAUCGUUAUGUUGCUUAGCGGAGGCUACAUGAAUUCAUCUAAGUAUGUAAUAGCAGAUUCAAUUGUAAAUCUGCAGCGAAAGGGAUGGUUAAGUUUGCAUUCUUAACUACAUAAUGCCAUGACUGAAAUUUAACUUAAAACUGUACAAAUAUUGGACACUGUAAGAACGAAUACCUCAUAAGGAGAAACAAUGUGCUGUGAGAAAUUGUCAGCUGUGCGGUAUUACGUAGAACGACUAGACGCUAAAAAUGAACAACAAAAUAUUAUAAAAACAAAUCUUAAUCAUUUUAAAUCUGUUUUUUAUAAUAAAGCAUCAAGAUUAAAACUAAUCAUGAAGAAUAUAUAUAAAUUAACUGCGGCUCUACUUAUUGGCCUCCUUAUAGAUUCAGUUUUCUGGUUAUAUUUAUAAAUUCUAGUAUUAAGCAAACAAAAGAAGACAA